AUGGAUGCGGCAGAACCCUCGGACUGCAUGCGCGAGCUCAAGAUUGAGAAGCUCGUUCUCAACAUCUCGGUCGGUGAGUCUGGUGAUCGUCUGACUCGUGCCCGCAAGGUGCUUGAGGAGCUCAGCGGCCAGAACCCCAUUGACUCCAAGGCCCGUUACACCGUCCGUACCUUCGGUAUCCGUCGUAACGAGAAGAUUGCCACCCACGCCGAGGAGCUGCUCGAGCGCGGCCUCAAGGUCAAGGAGUACGAGCUCCGUGCCCGUAACUUUCGGCCACCGGAGCACAUUGAUCUCGGUAUCAAGUACGAUCCCGGAGUCGGUAUCUUUGGUAUGGAUUUCUACAUCGUCAUGGGCCGCCCUGGCUUCCGUGUGGCCCGCCGCAAGCACUGCCGUGGCCGCGUUGGCGCCAGCCACCGCAUCAACAAGCAGGAGACCAUGGAGUGGUACAAGAAGAAGUUCGACGGUCUGAUCUCCAACAAGUAA